AUGGCUGCCGGUCGGACUUUAGAUAAGUCCGCUGUUAAUCUAUCUGGUCAGCUUGAAGUUAAUUUCUUUAAUGUCGUGUCAAAGUAUAUAGAAUAUGUUGAAUAUAAUAAAAAUAAUGAUCGAAUAAGAUGGACUGGAGACUUUGAGAAACUGAAGAAUUUCGUAUCUGAUUUGUUUGGCAACGACGGUAAAUGGAGUUCGCCGGGUGGGAGUGCAAAGUCAGACAGACUAACUAUUACUUGGUAUGCGAACAAGAAAUCUCUCUUGUUUCAAUGUGAACUUGGUGAUAAGCUGAAGGACUUAGUGAUUAACUUAUGCCGGAAUAAAACCCAAAUUCACGAAUCUGAGCCGAAUGAGAAUAAAAUUGUUGACCGAUUACUUAAUGAAUUUUGCUACGUUAAGACGAAAGUUCAUCAGUUGUCUGCAGUUAUGAAUAAUCUUCCUGAAGACAUGGCCAUGGUUACAAAUAAUACUAAAUCUCAAGGUUUUGGUUCCAAAAGCGCGAAGUGUAAUGUCGCUGUGCAAACGGAUUUGUAUCCAGCAAAUGAGAGCACUAAUCAAACUCGAGUGUGUAGCCCUGACCCAGUCAAUGGAAUUAGAUCUAGUUAUAAUGGAAUCAAAGUUCAAUCGAAUAUGUACAGAAAUUGCCGAUAUACAAAAGAAUCAAAAAGAGAUAACGCAACAUGUAAACUGCAAGUUGGAUUCAGAUGCCUAUUUAAUCGAAAAUGA